ACGGCUGUAACCGAUCCGUAGGAGGGAGGGAGGGAGAGAGAGAGAGAGAGAGAGAGAGAGAGAGAGAGAGAGAGAGAGAGAGAGAGAGAGAGAAUCUGAAUUAUUUACACACUCGUUACCUGAUACGGACUACUGUGCAAUACAAAAGUUGACUAACUAGAAAUUCGUCGAGCAAGAGAGGGAAGGGAGGCGCGGAGGAAGACAAGGCUUUACGAAAGAUUGCGCGGUCCAAUGUCACAAUUAUGAAGGUUCAAGAUUUAUAUGCCUGAGGUGAUUCUGAAGUACGAGCUUGGCGGACCGGGUUACGUUACCCCUCACUCGCUCGUAUCUGCUCGGAGUGUUUAGCAGGAAAGAAAGACACCAUGGACUCCUUCAGCACAAAGAACCUCGCUCUGCAGGCUCAGAAGAAGCUAAUGAGCAAGAUGGCUACAAAGACCAUGGCCAAUAUGUUCAUUGAUGAUACCAGCAGUGAAGUCUUGGAUGAAUUGUACCGUGUAACUAAAGAGUAUACACGCAACCGCAAGGAGGCCCAAAAGAUCAUCAAGAACCUCAUCAAGAUAGUGGUGAAAUUGGGCGUGUUGUACCGCAACAACCAGUUCAGUAGCGAAGAGUUGGUGCUAGUGGAGAAUUUCCGAAAGAAAGUGCACACGCUGGCGAUGACUGCCGUCAGCUUUCACCAGAUCGAGUUCACGUUCGACCGCCGAGUCAUGAGCAACAUCCUGAAUGAAUGUCGUGAGUUGUUGCAUCAAGCCAUCAACCGCCACCUCACUGCCAAGUCUCAUUCUCGAGUUAACCAUGUCUUCAACCAUUUCUCCGACUGCGACUUUUUGGCAGCGCUUUAUGGCCCGUCAGAAAUCUAUCGUCCACACUUGCAGAAAAUCUGCGAUGGCGUUAACAAGAUGCUUGAUGAAGGCAGCCUUUGACCCCUGACCUAUCGCUCUUACAUUUUUUUUAAUAAUUGUGGACAUUUUGUUUUUCUAUUUUUUUGUGCAUUGCAGUUACACUGAAUUACAUUCCAAACCAGUGAAAACAUUUCAUGCAUUGGUUUGUUUAUGCCUCUUAAAGAAGAAACUGACAAUCUUUUUCAAAUUAAUGUAACACAUAAAGGUCCCGCUCAUGCCAUUUUAAUGACAGAUCUUAUUCUUCUGAGACAACACUUCAUGUAAUUGCUUUUCCCCUCACCUAUAUUUCUGAUGUUAACCUAUUUUAUAACAAUUUCAACAAGGUUUUGAACGGACUGAAAUUGUUCUUCAGUGUUAUGCAUGUUUAUAAAUGGUGUCUGAUUCUGGAAUGGCAGAUAUUACUUGCCUCAUUUACUUCCAUAAUUAAUUUUUGUUAAUAGUCAUAGAGAAGUGUUAUAGUUCAGUGUGAGCUACAUUUGUCUGUUUCCCUUUGUUUAUGUAGUUAGUCAUGGUGUGAAAUAUCCAAACUUUUAAAAUACUGAAGGGUGUUAAAAAAGGAUGGCUGUAAGAGUAUAAAAAGGGACCACACAAGCAAUUUUAUUAGAAGAUCGUGGACUUUCUCUGUCAUGCAAAGCAAGUUCUCUUUGAUUUUGCCUGAUCUCACAAGCACUUUGGAAGAAGUUUAACAAUAGUUUAAUUUGUCUUUGUUUUGCUUUUGUCAGUCAAGAUUGUGUGAACUGCAGGACUAUUCGUUCUGAAACUUUCAUCAAAGUUUUUACUAUGCCCUUAAGCAGUCUUUCAUUGUGUGUGACUAUUUAGAGCAUUUUGCCAGUUCUGGAAAAGUAUGUCUGUCUUUGACACAGUAAGACUUUUCUUAUUAAAUGUACUUUGUGAACCUUUUUUCUUCAUAAGAAUUCAUAAGAAUUUGGUUGUACACCUGUGAGCCUUGUAGUAACGGCUAUAUUGUAAGGCACAAUCCCUUAUCUUGCACUGUUUUUCACUAAUAUGUUCGGUACAUAUCCAUUCAGAAACUAACCUUUGAUUCACUAAAACCUAUGAAAUCACUCAUUAUACAGAACUUUAUGGAUAACUUGUAGUAGUAGUAGCUGUCACCAUUUGGUGCUAUGCAUAUGCCAUCCAAGAAGGAAAUCCUACACUUUUGUGGCCUGUGUUAUCUGAACGUGUGCACUGUUGUAUUACCUGACUCGUAUUCUGUCUGGUAACUGCUAUAAAUGUGGUCCCAAGUAGUAACAGAAAACUCAGUGAAUGUAGGCUGUUAAUGGGCAGUGAUGUAAUUGAUACCCUCUUCUGAUGAGAAUGCAUGCUCCCUGUUAACAAUGCUAUUUUAAUUUUUUAUAAAGCAUCAGAUUUCACAUCUCAGGGUUAAAUUCUAUGUUUUGUGCUCAUUGUUAAAGCAAUCAAGUUUCAGAUUAUUGCAAAGCUGAUGGACCAAAAUACACAUUUUACACAACUAUAUUCUCAACUGUAUCAUGAUGUAUUUGUAAUCUGGAAUAUUGGUAAUUGUACUCUUGAUUUUCUUGAGCAAAUGAAUGUAAAUAAUGUUUAGUGUGCUUUUUCUAAAAUA